GCUCUCUGAUUGGCUGAGACUGUGAGAAACUCCAGUCAGACCAAGACCCACACAUUCAUAUGGAGAUGUGGGACUAUAAAUAGGAGGGAUGAAGCCAGCAGAGAUCAGAUUCUCUCUACAGAGACCUCUACAGCACAGAGAUCCAGCUAUGGCACCUACAAUCACUGCAGCAAUGACCAACUCUCAGGACCAUCUGACUCUGACCCACAAGCUCAGAAAGCCUCUGGUGGAGAAGUUACGCAGAGAGCGAAUCAACAGCAGCAUUGAGCAGCUCAAGUCUCUCCUGGGUCCAGAGUUCGUCAAACAGCAGCCAGACUCCAAGCUGGAGAAAGCAGACAUCCUGGAGAUGACAGUUUGCUUCCUGACACAGCUGCAGCAGCAGAAUCAACGACAAGGAAGACUGCUGAACCACUUCAACAAGCUGCAGUCUUCCUCUGAUAAGAACCUGAGAGAGGCUGACUUGUCUCCUCUGAGCUCCACAGUCCAGACCAGCAUCACCAAAGAGAAGAGACCAGUCAACAGCGCCCUCUGGAGGCCGUGGUAG